GGGCUGUCAGGCGCGGGCGCGGCGGCGGCGCGCUCUUGCUGUCGCGCUGUGAGCGGAGGCGCCGGGCGGACCGAAGGACGAGCAGCGAGGAGCCGGAGCCAGAGCCGGGCUAGCACAUAGGAGGCGCCGCCAUGUCCGGGGACGAGGUCGGUCGAUCGAUGAUUUUUGAUCCCACUAUGUCCAAAAAAAAGAAGAAAAAGAAGAAGCCUUUCAUGUUGGAAGAAGAUGGCACAGAGCAGCCAACAGAGGAGAUGCCAGUGACAGAAUGCAAGGAGACCAUAAUAGCAGAGAACCUGGAGGAGAAAGUCCUGGAAGCAGAUGAUGAAGAUAGUAAGAAGAAAGAUGCCACAGAUGAUUUAGAUGACUUAGAUUUCAUCAAUCAAAAGAAGAAAAAGAAGAAAUCAAAGAAAGCUUUUGACAUUGAUGAUAGUAUAAAGGAUCUGAAGAUUGAAAAUGAGGUGCCUGAGCAGGGAGAAGCUGAGGAUGAUGCAUUUGACAUGAGCAUGAUGAGAAAGAAGAAACCAAAACCUGUCACCUUCGAGGAUGAGGAAAUAAAUGAGAGGACAGAUGGCAUAAUCGAUGAUGAUGAAAGCAAAAGAGACGAUGGUAUCACUUUCUUCUCCCUGACUGGGCCAGCGUGGGCUGGAUCAGAACGAGACUACACUUACGACGAGUUGCUGACCCGUGUAUUUAAUAUAAUGCGAGAAAAAAAUCCUGAUAUGGUGGCUGGGGAGAAAAGAAAGUUUGUUAUGAAACCACCUCAAGUGGUCAGAGUGGGAACCAAGAAGACAUCGUUUGUGAAUUUCACAGAUAUCUGCAAACUGCUGCAUCGUCAACCUAAACAUCUUCUGGCAUUUUUAUUGGCUGAGUUGGGUACAAGUGGAUCCAUUGAUGGCAACAACCAGCUCGUAAUCAAAGGAAGGUUUCAGCAAAAACAAAUAGAAAAUGUGUUACGGAGAUACAUCAAGGAGUACGUUACCUGUCACACCUGUCGGUCGCCAGAUACCAUCCUGCAGAAGGACACACGUCUGUAUUUCUUGCAGUGCGAGACCUGUCACUCACGCUGUUCCGUGGCCAGCAUCAAGACCGGCUUCCAGGCCGUCACUGGGAAACGUGCUCAGCUCCGUGCCAAAGCGCAUUAGCCUAAACCAUGGCCACUGGAGAGAAUUGGAACUGAGGAUCGAUGUGAUAGAACUGUUCAACCAAACAAGGGGUGGGUUUUAAGUGCAUCAAAAAAAUUUAAGAGUUGCCGACAGCUCUGCGGAGGCAAGCGAGAAUUGCGAGCAAUAGUCUAUGGAGAUGUCCCAAGCCCCAGAGUUCAUUGUGACAUUCCCUGUUGCACUGCUCUGUUUAUAAGCUGUCCAGUCACCAGUGUCAUCGACAGAUGUGGUUGCUGUUUACAUGAGAGAUCACCAGGCUGCUGGGGAGGUCAGCGUCAUUUCUUGAAGUCCGGAAAUGAUCCACUGUCGAUUAUUUUAAGAGUAUAUAGUUCCUCAUUGUUGAAUAUACCUCACCCUGGUAGUUAUCACAGUAUCUGGCUGCUGUACUUUUUUAAACAGAGGAGUGGUGGGUGGGAUGGGGUGGGUUUGUGUGAGGAAGGGGUGUUGACCAAAUUGUGCUCAAUGAGUUUUGGAAAUUUAUUAAACAAAUUCCCUGCAAAUUAUAUAAAACUGUUGACUUUUGUUUUACUACGGCAUCUUAUUGAAAUCAAACCUUUCAAAUACCAGGGUGAGGUCUGUGUUGUGGAACCUAAUUGAUGCUGAUUUAACAGCAGUUCUGAAGGUUUAUCCAUAUUCAGCCAAUGAUCGGGUUGGGGAAGGGUUUUUAACAAAAAGUACUACAGGGCAUGUGAGCUGAAUUUACCUCAUGGCUCUGCACCAACGGGUGAAAACAUGCAAGUAAGAUGUAAUAAAAGUAGUCAUUCACACAGCCAUGCUCCUUGGCUUCUGGUGCUGUUUGCCCUCCAUUUAAAAACUCUUAACAGUGUUGUGUUCAUGCCUCUAUGCUCUUCAACGCUGUGAGUUUGGCAGCAUCUCUGGAGAACAUAGUCAAGUGAAGCCAAAUUCUCUUCCAGCUGUCUCCCCCUUGCUACAAUCAGUCUGAAGAAGGGUUCUGUCGUGAAAUGUUGCCUAUCCAUAUCCUCUAGAGAUGCUGCCUGGCCCAUUGAGUUACUCCAUCACUUUGUCUACUUUGUAGACCAGCAUCUGCACUUCCUCAUGUCUCACCGCUCUUCAAUAUGUUCCGUCUAGUGAAAAGGAAAAAAGAUUGCAGAUUGCUAGAAAUUUAAAAUGAAAACCGUGCUGAAAAUACUCAGUGGGUCAGGUAGCAUCUGUGGAGGGAAAGACAGUGGUCUAGGCUUCUUUGAGUAGAAACAUCAGCGUUUUUACUCUGCAGAUUUGAUGUAUGAGCUGCAAAGUGUUUCCUGCAUUUUUAAUUUUUUUCACAUUUCACUAAGUAUAGGUAAACAGGUCUCCGAAACCAAUGAUAGACACAAAGUUGGAGUUACUCAACAGGACAGGCAGCAUCUCUGGAGAAAAGGAAUAGGUGACAUUUCAGGUCUGAUCCCUUCUUGAGACCCUAACGAAGGGUUAAAAACCAGUGUAACAUUAUAAAACCCUUGCCAUACAUAACUGCCUGCAUCUUCCUUCUCAAUGUGGCUGUACCGUUCUGUGAAAAUGUGAACACAUUUUCUUCCCUUCCCUUUAUUAAAUCCAGUGGAUUUCUAACUGUUGGAAGGAAGGUUUUUAAUAAUGUUUGGAGAGAAUGUUACGUAAAUAUUGGUGGGAUGGCUUAGUAAAAAUCUUCAUUUAACCAAAAUUGGGCUUUGUGCAACAUGAUCUCAACAAUGAUUCUGCCUUUGUGGAUUAUUUUCAUGUCCUAAUAAAUUUGCCCGUACUACAUUUUCACCUUACAAAGUUCCCAUUUGGAGGAUGGAGUUUGCCUUUAUUUUGCAGCGGAUGAUGAAUAGAGUUGCGGUUUAUGAAGGAUCGCGUGUAAAUGAAGUGCGCAGAAAACAUUUGCCACUUUUGUUAAAUACCACAGACUCACCAAACCUGAAAUCAUUUUUUCAGAAGGUGGUUUAUCUGGAGCAGAGCUGGGUAACGACAAUUUUUAGAUUUGCGGAGUGAAGUGAGGAUUGGCUUCAAUGCUCUAUAAUUAUUGUCACAAUAUACUGAAACAUUGCAGCUUACCAACAGAUUAUUAAAUGUCAAAAUGUUGAAGGAACUCAGCAAGUCAGUCAGCAUCUGGCAAGGGAAUGGACAGGAGAUGUUUUGGAUCGGGAUACUUCAGUCUGAAAAAGGGCGGUGGCACAGUGGUGCAGCUGAUAGAGAUGUUGCCUCACAACCCCAGAGACCUGUGUUCGAUCCUGACCUGGGGUGCUGCCUGUGUGGAGUUUGCAAGUUCUCCUUGUGACUACAUGGGUUGCUCUGAGUUCCUCCCAUAUCCCAAAGACGUGUGGUUUGUAGGUUCAUUGGUCCUGUGUAAAUUGCCCUUAAUGUGUAUAGAGAGUGGAUGAGAAAGUGGGAUAAUAUCAACCUCGUGUGAGCGGGUGAUCGAUGGUUGGCAUGGACUUGGUGGGCCGAAGGGCCCGUUUCCGUGCUGUAUAUCUAAAGAAAGAUCCCGGCCCGAAAUGUCACCUGUGCAUUCCCUCCCCAGAUGCUGCAAGCCCCGAUGAGUUCUUCCAACACUUUUUUGUGUUCCUUUCGUCUCCAGAUGUGGUGGAAAGGAGGACGAGGAGAAUGAAAAAUCCAUUCAUAUUCCUUGAAUGUGAAUUGCAUUUCCCAUGGGCAAUAUCAUUGGCACAAUGCCUAUUUGAUAUGUCACCUUCCCAAUUAAAGCAAUAUUUGAAUCCAAGCCUGUGAAAAAACCAUAAACACAAGUUAUUUGAAAUGUUUUCUUAUGUAGUGUAAAUGAACAUCUCUGGAAGUUGAGAGAUGGAGAAAUAAGCUAGUUCUGGGGGAAAAUAAAAUAGUUCUGGCUAUUGCCACCAUUUUCUUCAUUUGGGCAUUCUUCCUCUUAAUAUCUAUGGCAAUAAAGAUAAUGAUAACUAGGCAACCUUCAUUAAGAAUAUGCACAAGUUGUAUCCACUUAUGUUUUCUGUAUUUACCUGAUGCAUGUCUGAGUAGACUGAACUAUGUGUUGGUGAUGUACAAGGCACCUUACAGUAAACCUUCCUGAUCGGCUAACUCCCAAAGUGCCUCUGGAAUUGAGAAAGACAAGACCUUGAGAGUUGACAUUGUAGCUAUGUCACCAUCCACUUUAAUGUAAACACAUAGAAGGGAUGCAUUUUAAAUUCUUUUAUAUUGAGCUCUUGGAAGUAACGCCAAAUGACUUUGGGUGCUGUGCAACUAUUUUACUUUGUUAGGACAACAAACUGCAAGUGCAAUUGUUAUAAAAGAGCCGCCGCCUUAUUCCCAAAGGUUAUGUAAUGCAAGUUAAGAGGAACUUCCUUGGAGAACGGUGCAAGGCAUUUGAAAAUAAAUUGAGUGGACUUCUAA